CAGAUGAACUGUGUUCACAGUAAGAAACGCACGCGCCGACGUGCUUCAACCGAAAAUAAUUUAAUUGAUUUUUUAAUAUCGGAACAUAAGUGGUUCGCGUUUUUGUUUAUUGGAACGAAGAACUUCUAAUUCUGGAGCAGUCUGUUUACAUUGUGGCGCACUGUUCAAACGUCUGUGGUGUUUGGAUCACAAUUCGUUAAUGUGGAGCAUUUAUCAAGAUUAUCGAUAAGUUAUUUAAGACAUUUAAGUGUUAGUAAGAGACAAGCAGUGCAAAAUAAAAUGCGUCGGUGUUGGAGCUGGAGUUGUAGAUGCUGUCACAGAGGAAGUGUGGAUUCUUACGAUCUAAAGGAAUUACCGCGACCACCUAGGCUGGACCUGGAGACUACAAAUGAUGUCAUCGACGGGACGAGACAUGGUGUCCUCGCAGUGCAAGGAAUCGACUUUUGCAUUGAAACAAAUGGCGAGAAUCAUCAUACGAGUAAAUUUAACCUCAUGACGAGAGAUGUCGACAAGUGUCUUGUUGUCAGACGAGGUCAAGCCUUUAAACUCGAUAUUCUCUUCAACAGACCAUACGAUGCCCAGAGAGAUGCUAUAUCGUUGAUAUUUUACGUGUCAGAUGUCGAGAAGCGUGGGCCGUCCGAUGAUACAUCAGUGGCUGUUCCAUUGUUGGAAAAGGGAACUGAAUCAUUUGGGCCUUGGAAUGCCGUGUAUGAAGGUCAAAUGGAUUCCCACUUGAUCGUGGCCGUGACACCAUCGCCUAACUGCAUUGUUGCCGCUUGGCGACUCGAUAUUGACACUAAGUUGAACGGAACCAGAUCCUUGAGCUAUACACACCCACUGCCGAUCUACACUUUAUUUAAUCCGUGGUGCUUAAAUGAUACUGUGUACAUGCCAGGUAAAAGUCAUCGUGAAGAAUACGUAGAAGAAGAAAGUGGUCUCAUGUUCCGUGGUGUUUAUAAUCGCGUGAAGCCCUCUCCCUGGAAGUACGCACAGUACGAAAAGGACGUAUUGGAAUGUGCUUUAUACAUAGUCAGAAACGUUAGUCAGCUCAAAGGCCGCGCAAGAAGCGAUCCCAUAAUAACAGCGCGAGCUCUGUCAGCUGCAAUCAAUGAACAAGACGAUAAUGGAGUAUUGGCUGGUAACUGGGCCAAGGAACUAAGUGACUAUAGCGGUGGUACACACCCCCUAGAUUGGGUCGGCUCAUCACGUAUAAUCCAAAAAUAUUAUGAGAAGAAAAAGUCCGUGAAGUACGCGCAAUGCUGGGUUUACGCGGGAGUUCUGACAACCAUUUGCAGAGCUUUAGGAAUACCCUGCAGACCAGUGUCUGCCUUCAACGCCGCUCAUGACAGCGAGGGCAGCUUAACAAUCGAUGUCAUCAAGGACGAAGAUGGAAACACUUUGAAUGAAUAUACCAAUGAUUCCAUAUGGAACUACCACGUUUGGAAUGAGGUAUGGAUGGAACGGCCGGACCUAGGUCCAGAAUAUGGUGGAUGGCAAGCAAUAGACUCGACGCCACAGGAGCUAUCCGAAAAGAUCUACCAAUGUGGCCCAGCGUCUCUCAGGGCUGUACGCGAUGGGGAACUAGCAAAACCGUAUGACACUGGAUACGUGUUUGCAGAAGUUAAUGCAGAUCAGGUGUUAUGGAAAUUUUCAGGCGAAAUUCAACCGUUGAAGUUUAUGGAUCGUGAUACCACUUAUAUAGGUCAACAGAUCUGUACUAAAGCUAUUGGAAAAAUGGAAAGAGAGGAUAUAACAGACUCUUAUAAAUACCCUGAAAGAACGAAGGAGGAGCGUUUAACCAUGGAGAAAGCUUUACGGAAAUCUGGAAGUAUUUUUGCGAGAUAUUAUUUGAAUGAUGUAUUUAACGACGUCUAUUUCGAAUUUGAACUCAGAGAUGAUAUCAAAAUUGGACAAGACUUUUCAGUCGUUUUACACAUAAAGAACCGUUCAACUACUAACGAACACAACGUAAAGGGCGUACUUCGAGUGGACACCGUCACCUAUAGGGGUAAAACCGGGGAAUCAGUCAAGAGAGACGAGUUUGAUAUAGUAAUCAAACCUGAGGCAAAGGAAAAAAUAAACAUGCUGGUUACGUUCGAUGACUAUUACCAAAGAUUAGUCGAUCAGGCGUCGUUCAACAUAGCAUGUUUAGCCACAAUUGUCGAUAGGAACUUCGAUUACUUUGCACAAGAUGACUUCCGAGUUCGGAAUCCCGAUAUAAAAAUGUCUAUCGAUGGUAAACCCGUAUCAAAACAGGAAUUUACAGUUAAUAUUAAAGUAGAAAAUCCUCUGCCUAUACCUUUAAAGAAUGGAAAAUUCAUGAUUCAGGGGCCAGGACUUGAAGAACAGCUUAAAAUUAAGCUCAGUGAGAACGUACCUCCAGGUGAAUUCGCAACAGCACAAUUUAAACUCACGCCUCCAUGGGCGGGCCGGCAUCAAAUAUCUGCCAAAUUUACUUGUAAGGAAAUGCGUGAUGUUGACGGUUUUCUGUCUUUCAAUGUAGCAUUACCAGAAAAUUACUGAAAUUCUAUUAAUAUAGACAUUGUACCAAAUAGAUAGCAAAGUGAAGAUGUAAAAGGACCUUAGAAAUGCAUAAUAUAUUAUUUUCAUGCAGUAGGCGAAUAUUUUUAAGUGAUGUUAUUCUGGUCUAACUUAUAAAAUAUGUAUGUUAUGUAACGAAUGAUUAAAAAUCAUUCGGUCAAAAAAAAAAAACAACUCAAUGUAUUUUAUAGUGUUUUACCGGUAUAAAAUGUACCAAUUUCAUAUUAUUAUUAUUGUCUGCGUUACAGUAAAGUUUACUUUUAUAGCGCCUACGACUUUUGUAAAGGCUCUUAUUGUUAUGGAAUAUUCGUAAUAUUACAACAGGCGCCCUAAUACUCGUAUUAAACUAACGCUCGACUACUUAAUGACCUAAUAAGUAUUACAAAAAAUGUAUUGUUUCACAUAUAUUAUUAUAAUUAAAUAUAUUAUGUUUAAUUUUGUUAUUGAUAAUAUUGAAAAGUGUUGUAGUCAGUAAAGAUAUUUACGUACCUAUUCUUACCUAGAUGAUUUUGUGUCUAGUACAAUACAACUGUUGACACGUCAUAACGUUGUUUUUUUAAUAGGUAGUACUAGUUAGUGUUCAUUAAUUUAAAUUUUAAUGUUAAUAUUAUUUAUUUUAUACCUAUUAAUGUCAAAUCCUUAUGAAAAUAAUUUAUGUAAAAAUAUUCA